UAGAUUCUCUGAGAUGUUGGCAGCAAGGAACUUGAAGCUGCUUACCUUUUUCUACUGCGGACCCCUAAGAUGAGGACUGGAAUGGAUGCCCCAUAUGAUGGAGCAGAGAUAACAUUAGUAACAGAAGAAAUUGAAGGCUGCUACAGCUACACAAAAAGCUUCCAGCCCAAAAAGAAAAAGAAAUGGAAAGAUCAAAGUGAUGAUGGAAGUAAAAAAGGCAAGAAGCCCAGGCCAGCUUAUUUGCUGUACUAUUAUGAUACUCACUUAAAAGUACAACAAGACUACCCUAAUUUGCCACGGUCUGAGAUAAAUAAGAAAAUCAGUGAAAGCUGGAGGCGUCUCAGUGUUGCCGAGAAGAGUAUUUAUCUUGAAAGAGCAAAGCUGGAAAAAGAAGGAAUAGAUCCGAAUGAUAAGCUACUAAGUGCGUCAACUGGUAUACCCCCUGCUGAUAUUCCAGGAUUCCGCAAAAUACUUCCUCGUUCUAACUAUAUUAUAAUUCCUACCUCUAAUUUAUCUGGUGAUGGGAGUGGUCAACAACUACCGCAGUCUCCCACACCAAGGGGAGAUGAAGGAAAUGCCACCUGGCAGACUAUUACCCAUGACUCUAUACAGAGUCUUUUUACAGUCAGUAGCACUCUUACAGACUCUUGCCAUGUUGACAGUACUGAGGAGAGCAUUGCAAUUGAUGGAAUUACAGAUGAAGCCACUGCGUUUGUUCACACAGAAACAAUGCAGGAGAUUGUUGCAUCGGAGAUGCUGUCACAGUUUUCUAACUCUGGAGAUGAUAAAGUGACAGGAGAACUUGCCACCAAUAAGACUUUGGAAUUAACUCAUCCCUAUGAUUCCCCUUGUGUUGUCAUUGAAGGAACACUGAUUAGUACAAGUGACAAUGUUUCAGAUAAUGUAACCGGCUGUAGUGACCAGGAGACAGCGGAGACAAAUCCUGUCAUAGCAGUAUUAUCAAAUGCAAGCAAGCCAGCUACAAGCCUUACUACUCAUAAUGCUGUUGAACAAACUAUUGGCAUUGCUACCAAACAGGAUUCAACAGAAAGUGUGACACCAUCAGCUACCCAGUUCUUAAUGUUGCCAUUGACAAGUAAGCAGUCAGCAGCUGUUCCAGCUAAAAAGCAGUCUAUCUUCGCCCAGAAGACAACGUAUACACGAAGGGGCCAUGGCAGUUGUCCAAAUCCAUCUUGCUUAUUUACCUACGUCACAAGGCACAAACCUCCACAGUGCCCAAAUUGUGGGAAGUGGCUAGGAGGGAAAUGGAUUCCAAAGGGUAAACAACCACAGGUGUUAAAUGUGCAUGUGGAAUGUAAUCAAGAGAAGCAGAGCAAGGAAUCUAUAGAUGUGACUGUAUGUACAAAGGACACAGCCCAGUCCAGUUUGGAAAGUUCACAGGCAGUAACUCAACUUCUAAACGUAGCUUCAGAAGAUCACAGAGAAGAGGAGCAACAGCUAAUACAAGCUAGUUGGCAGCAGACUGUACACGUUGAGCCAGGUGAUUCAGGGGCACCAGUACCGACUUUGCAGAAUGAAGACGGGCCCCUUCCAAUACGACUUUGUAAUUCAUUAGCUGCUGUCGACCAUAUAGUGGAAGUACACUCUGAAGAUGCCAUGAAAGACAUAGAGGCCCCAAAUCACCAAGCAUCAAAUAAAAGUAACACAGUCAUCAGUAAAUCCAAUGGAGUUAAGAUUGCAAGACCAGGAUCAAGUAUUUCUAGACAAGCUUUACAACUACGGCGAAGAACUAAAGCCAGAGGGCGAGCAAAAUCUACCUUGUUGACUGGUACUGCACGGUCACGACCUCCACGUAUUAUCUUGCCAGCAGCUCCAUCUAAUGCAGCUGCACAGUCGGGGGUCACCUAUAUUCGAGUGGUUACGGUCCCUGUCAGUCAAACGGAGACAGCAGAAUGUUCAGCAUCUUCUGCUAGUAAUGGAGUUACAGUUAGAAGUUCCUCUGCAAAGAGUUUGAUGAGUUCUGCACCCCCAUCAGGCCUGAAACCCAGCACCUUAAAACAACUGGGCCAUUCUGUAUUGCAUCCAAACUACACAGAUGGAGAAGAGCAGGCAAAAUUAAAAAUGUCUGCGGAGAGUGGAUCACCUCAAGCCAGUGCAGUUUCUGUCCGAACUGUAUGUAUGACUCUUCCUAAAACAAACAAAGCGAGUGCCUUUGAUCUGGGUUUGGCGACUUGCAGAGGUAAAGGACGAUGUAAAAAUCCCAAAUGUACAUAUGUCUAUAUGAAUAGGUACAAACCAGGAAUUUGUCCAAAGUGUGGCUAUGACUUUACAAGAGACAAACAAGAUAUAAAGCCAUCAAAACCUGUUAUAAGUAAUACCCUUUCCUUGGGUCUGCUGAAUCCAGAGGAAGGGCUAACUCAGGCCUCAAAGGACCUACAGCGUCAGACUACAUUACUUCUGCUCAGGAGAACAGUUCAAAUACCAGAGAAUGAAGCUGAACUUCAUGAAAUUUUCAGUUUAAUUCAGGAACUCAACAGUUCACGGUUGGUCUUGUCAGAGGUGAAUGAAACGAUAACACUUGAACAGAACUCAUGGCCUAAUUACUUUGAAUCUUCAGCCACCUUUUGUGGUCUCUGUGAUAGCCAGUUGUUCAAGGGUGGACACAAUUCAUUAGCUGGCCCUGAGGAAUGCUGGCUGCUAACAGAAAGCCAGUUCCAGGUGGUUAUUGUUCAGACAAAAAUCUGCAUGAAUCCUCACUGCCUUGCACUUCAUAAUUUCACUGACAUCAGCUCAGGUUUAUUUAACAUUGGAAACAAGCUUUUGGUCAGCUUGGACUUACUAUUUAAAAUAAGAAAUUGUAUAAAACAAGGAGAAGAUCCGAGAAAUGUGACCAAUCCCAUUUUGGACUCUGUUCAAAAGAUCACAGAGAAAACCUUGUCAGAGGAGCAGUUGAAUCAGCUUCAAGAACUUCUGUGGAAUGGGUAUUGGGCAUUUGAGUCCCUCACCAUUCGUGACUACAAUGACAUGAUAUGUGGGAUCUGUGGAAUAGCGCCAAAGCUAGAGGUAGCACAGAGAAAUUCUACAAAUGUUCUCUCACUAGAAAAUGUUGAGUUUACCUGGCCUGAUUUCCUUACCUCAGAUGAAGUGAACGUUGAAGAUUUUUGGUCUACAAUGGAGAACGAAGCUAUCGAACAAGCAGUGUUUCCAUCUAGUAUUCCAAUCACAAAAUUUGAUGCCUCCAUAAUCGCUCCAUUUAUUCCACCACUUCUGAGAGGACCUGUGGUGGUUAAUAGUGAGAAAGAUAAAAACUCUCAGUCACAGCCAGUUGUUGGAAAUCCAAGAGCAUUGAUAAGACUGUUGCAUGAUGAAGCUUUCAGACCUGAGGAGCUCAACUCCUACAAUGAAGCUGAACUGAGAAACUUGCUAAUGUCAUGUGACAUCCCAUUUCAUCCAAGUGACUCCAAGGAGGAAAUGUGUUCUUCACUGUUUGCUUUAUAUGCCUUUGUAUUGGAUGGAUCAGCUUCAAAGGAUCAACCUCCAUGCGAUGUGACAGGAGGAAAAGUCUAUAAGUUGUGCCUGCAUCAGGUGGUUUGUGGAUCAAAAUACCUCGUGAGAAGGGAAUCUGCACGUGAUCAUGUUGACCUGCUGGUUUCUUCACGCUACUGGCCACCUGUAUAUGUUGUUGACAUGGCUCCACAAGUCGCAUUAAAUGCAGAUGUGCGGUAUCCAGAAAUCACAGGGCAAAUGUGGGAAAAUAAGCAAGGCUGUUUCUCAGAUCCAUUGGAGCCUCCAAAGUAUGUUUCCUGUCCAGAGCUACUCGAUCAACAUUAUACCGUGGACAUGUCUCUGUCAGAAAAUAGCAUCCAGCAUCCUAUAACCAGGUCCAGUGUCCAUAGAAUUGUAUGCAAUGAUGCAGAUCAGAACACAGAGAAGAAUGUGAUGACAAGACAUCACUCUAUUGGCCUUUGCGAUGAACUUAAGCCAUAUAAUGACAUCCUCAAAACUAUUCCAAGCAGUAAAGUAAAUAAUAUUCGACAAAAAUCAAUUACUUUUGAAAAUGCAACUUACUACUAUUUAUACAAUCGCUUGGUUGACUUCCUCACCAGCAGAGACAUUGUAAACCAACAAAUUAGUGAAGUCUUGCAAAGUUGCCAGCCUGGAGAGGUGGUGAUUCGAGAUAGUUUGUACAGACUUGGAAUAGCACACCUUAACACAGAGAGUGAGACUGAAGAGCUGGCUUAACGUGUUUAUUGAAAAUAGUUAAGGCAAAUGAUUUGACAUGUAUUUAUUCGGUACUCUAUUUAAUUAAAAUAUUAUG